GAGAGGAGGGGGAGGCGUGCACAUACAAAGACUGACAGAGAGGAAACACGAGACAUUGACCAUGGACGUCGUCCUUUCUACGUGAGAGCUGACCGAGCGUGUUUUGAGGAAUUCCAGUUGGGUCGUGCGAGCCUCUGUCUGUCUGUCUCUCUGCCUCUCUCUCUCUCUCUCUCUGUCGGGUUGUUGUUGAUUUCAAGAUAAUAACAGAAACUCCACAACGAAGGUUAACACCUUUGCACGUCGGGGAUCUUUUCUUGAUCCAUACUACGGGAUAACCCAGAAGCAGUUUCUUGGCAGAGAAGCUGUUGCUUUGGCUCCUCCUGAUAAUUCUCUAUAUCUCGUUCAGCGUUGGUCCCGUUCCUCCCUUUUUGUUUGGCGAGGAGGCCGAUUUGCGCCGGCUUCCGGAGAUUUAUAGAAGCGGAAGGCGUGCGAAGAUCGGCUUGAAUUAACUUCGGAUCACGCCGAGUCAAAUCUGUUCUCGUCUCGCAUCCGAGUUCCUCGUUUCUUUCCCGGUAUCUCUCCGGAUCAGAACUUGGUGAAUAAUCUGAAACAGAUGGGAGGGAUCGACACAAACAGCGAUGAUUCAUCGCUCAAUGCACGGACUGGUCCACCAGUAGCACCUCCAUUACCUGGUCCGGCCCUGACCAAAUGUGCCAGGAAGGGAUUACAAACGGAGGGAGCGCCUCAAAGAGGCGAUUGCUGCAUCUCGACAACAGCGAUCGAUCUGUGGGAGCGACUUUUUGAUGAAGGCUAUAAAGCAGAUGUCCGAAUCCACACCGACGAUGGUGGUGUCGUCUAUGCACAUGCUUGUAUAAUUAGCAUGGCAACUCCAGUAAUGAAAGGCAUGCUGAAGAAAUCAAAAAGAAAGGGUCGUUAUCAAGUAUUAUCGGUCAGCGGAGUUCCUCAUGAAGCCGUUCGUGUUUUUGUUCGAUUCUUGUAUUCAUCCUGUUAUCAAAACCAAGACAUGGCUGAGUUCGUCGUGCCUUUAUUGGUGCUCUCACACUCAUUCGUGGUUCCUCGGCUCAAGCAAAUCUGCGAGCAGCAACUCGAGCAGGGUCUUCUUAACAUGGAGAACGUCAUUGACAUUUUUCAGCUGGCGUUGCUCUGUGAUGCUCCUCGUCUGAGCUUCAUCUGUCACCGCAUGAUCGUGAAGAACUUCAAGGAUGUGUCAGCCACCGAAGGAUGGGCUGCGAUGAAGCAGAGUCACCCCUUACUAGAAAAAGAGCUACUAGAGGGCGUCGUCAAUGAAGACCAUAGUGCAAAGGAGAGGAUCAGAAUGAAGAAUGAGAGGAAGAUCUAUUUGCAACUAUAUGAAGCGAUGGAAGCUCUAGUUCAUAUUUGUAGAGACGGGUGUCGGACGAUUGGGCCCCAUGACAAAGUCUUCGAGAAGGACCAGCCGCCGUGCGGCUUCGAGGCAUGCACAGGCCUAGAAUUGCUGAUCCGCCACUUUGCGGGCUGCAAGUUACGGGUUCCGGGCGGUUGCAUCCACUGCAAGAGAAUGUGGCAGCUGUUGGAGCUGCACUCCCGCCUCUGCGCCGAUUCAAAUGUUUGCCGAGUCCCUUUGUGUAGGAACUUCAAGGACAGGAUCAAGAAACAGAACAAAAAGGACGAGGCCAAGUGGAGAAUACUUGCGAGAAAGAUCUUGAGGACAAAGACCAUCGGGGUAUCGCCGUUUUUUACAUCGGCAUGUGGGAGUUAAUUCUGGAAGCAAAUUCCGGGAUUCUGUGUGAUGUCAAUCCAAGUGUAAUAUGUAAUGUUUAUAUGCAAUAAGAAGCCUGCAUUGAAUCUGGUGGUUUUGGAUGCA